GCUCUAAAAGUGUCCAUAGCCGUGUGAAUUUAAAGUUCAACUGUGAUUUUCUUAAUCCACUAUAAAACAUGGAAUUAGCAAAUUCUUUCUUUCUUGACCUGGUCUCUAAGAAAAAAGCCCACACAUUUGAUUAAUCAGACGUUGGUCGGUAAUAUGGUCUAAUACAGCUAUAAUAGCAUUAUAUGUUAGUGAGGCAGUAAACAUAAACAUGCUAUAUCACGGAGCGAACAUCAAUAAUUGAUUUACAUAGUAUACAUGGAGCUAUAUUCGUUCAUUUAAUGACAGUCAAUAAAAAUCUUUAUGGUUAUUAUACUCUGUAAUUCUGAAAACAAAUCUAUACUCGUCACAAAAAUAUAUAUUUGCGAGGAACAAAGUUAAUUACAUAGUAUUUUUUUUAAUUAAUUAGACAGAAUUGGCUAGCGCAACAAGUGCGUGAAACUUUGCGUUGGUUAUUGUGACUGAACAGUUCGCAUCACCAUUGGACGUUCUAACACUGGAUAUAUCUACGUUACAUAUGAACUAAUGACAUUUCAGAACUAGAAAAUCAAAUACCUGUUUACUGUGAAGUGUUAUGUUUAAUAGUAUGUUUAUAUCGAACACCAAUUCAAAACUACGAACUUCAAUCCAAAUGUGAAUUGACUUAUGAAAGGAGACUUUACAAAUAUAUUACCAUGGUCGAUAAAUAUUAAAUAAUUUGAAACAAAAUUUCUCCUGAAGUUUAAAACUGAAAACAAAUGGAUUGAAUAGCAUUUGAUUCAGUUUGUGGAAAUAAAUAAUUCACAAAGAAAAGACGCGUUCUCAAUCAUUGUCGAUUACCGGAAGAAAGUGAUACAGUACAAAAUGACUAGCUGCAUGGGUAUGCUGUGAUUACAGGAAUUAAAAGAAAUUGAAAUUGCAGUGCAUUAAAAUGGGUUGUUCGCCCAGCGUGUCUGACAAGGCUGCUAGGGAGAAAAUCUUACCAGCGAAUGAUUCCAAUAUGGUUGCCAUAGAAGACAAACACUACAGUAAGACCUCACAGUAUGAUGGUGACGUUCACAUCAACCAUACACAUAUACUCAUACUACCAAGGGACCCUGGACAAAAACUCCCCUGUUUAAACGACGGCGACUGUGUGGUGCAUAUGAAUGAUAAUAAUGGUAAAACUAAUAACUCCAUAUUUCAAAACACUCAAACUCUCUUUCCUAGCACGGACAUGAAAGGAAAACCAGAGCAAGCUAAGAUAUCCCACAGUCCUAAAGGCGAUACCUGCAUGAGUAUGAGCCAGAGACUGAAAUCUGAACAUCGUGAUAUAAGAAGCAAUAGUUUACCAGGAGGAAUCAAAAGUGUGUUAAAGACGGGAAAAGGUGACCCCAGUGAUCACAUGCUCUCUAAUCGCCCAAUCAAAACCGUGACAUUUGUGGAUUCAGUGUCGGUAUUAACAGUGCAUUAACGAACAAAAAUGAUCAUAAAAAUAUUAUUACGCACAAAUUUAUCACACUGUUAGUUUUACAAUACUUGUAUGUGACAGAUGUAAUAUUUACAUAUCAUCUAUUAUUGUGAAAGCUCAGAAUUAUUAACACUUUUGAAAAUAGCUUGUUCAGUAUUAACGUUAAACAAUACAUUUGCAACAACACUUUUUUCGCUUAUAUUUUAAAACAGCUUUAACCUUUAAAUGAAUCAUUCGACAUUCAGAAUGAUUGCGCUGUUCCUGCGACAUCCUUGCAUAAUGCAUAUGUCUAAAAAAUGCAAUUUCACUGAAAGAGUACUGCGUGAUAACGUUACGGCUUUAAAGCUGCACUCCC